AUGUCCUCAUCAAGCCAACUCCCUCAUCAGGUCGGCAUGGACGCAGCUUCCCCACCUCGUCUCGUCAUCUGGAUGCAGCCUCCCUACUUUGUCAGGUCGUCAUGGACGCAGCCUCCCUAUCUCAUCAGGUCGGCACGGACACAGCUUCCCCACCUCGUCACGUCGUCGUGGAUGCAGCCUCCCUACUUCGUUAGAUCGUCAUGGACGCAGCCUCCCAAUCUCGUCAGGUCGUCAUGGACGCAGCCUCCCUACUCCAUCAGGUCGUCAUGGACACAACCUCUCUACCUCGUCAGGUCGUCAUUCCCUACCUUGUCAGGUCGGCAUGGACGCAGCCUUCCCUACCUCGUCAGAUCGUCAGCCUCUUUACUUCGUCAGGUCAUCAGCCUCUUUACUUCGUCAGGUCUUCACAGACAUAGCCUCCCUAAUUCGUCAGGUCGUCAUUCCCUACCUCGUCAGGUCGUCAUGGACACAGUCUCCCUACCUCGUCAGGUCGCCAUUCCCUACCUUGUCAGGUCGUCGUGGACACAGCCUCCUUACUUCGUCAGGUCGUCGUGGACAAAGUCUCCCUACCUCGUCUGGUCGCCAUUCUCUACUUCGUCAGGUCGUCAUGCAGACAGCUUCCUCAGCUCCCCAAGUCGUCGUUCCCUAGCUCGCCAUGUCGUCAUGAAGACAGCUUCCUCAGCUCGUCAGGUCGUCGUUCCCUAG